GUAAUUUAUGCUUGACAUAACAGAAACCAACCGUUUGUGGAGUCCAUGGGGAGUUUAUCUGUUUGUGUGAAUCAACCUUCAAAAUUCUUGUGUUUCUCUCCAUGUCCACAAUUGUGGGGCAGAAAUUGGAAUUGGAAGAGUAAUAAGCGUUCUCUCACUUGCUUUUCUUCUCAGAAGAAAAUAGGUUUUAUGGACCAAAUUCUAGAUUACAUUGAAGGCGGUCCAAAGUUAAGGAAAUGGUAUGGGGCACCCGAGCUCCUCCCAAAAGAUGGAUCCCUUUCAGAAGAAGAUAUGUCUUCGGAAGAAGAUGAAGUCAGGGAUGCAGUUUUAGUUACCGAUGGAGAUAAUGAGAUUGGUCAGAUGAUUAUAUUGUCUUUGAUAAUCAAAAGAACUCGGAUCAAAGCUCUGGUAAAGGAUAAGCGGGUUGCAAUGGAAGCAUUUGGUACUUAUGUUGAGCCAAUAGCAGGUGAUGCAAGGGACAGAUCAUUGCUAAAGAAGGCUCUAAGUGGUGUUCGUGCAGUGAUAUGCCCAAAUGAAGGUUUUAUAUCAAAUUUAGAGAGUUGGAAAGGUUUACAACAUGUAAUCCUAUUAUCUCAGCUGUCUGUUUAUAGAGGUUCUAGCGGGGUUCAAGCAAUUGUUACUGCCAAUGCAAGAAAACAAGCAGAACAAGAUGAAUCACUGGUUAUGGCUUCGGGAAUCCCUUACACCAUUAUCAGAACUGGCUUGUUGAUAAAUGCACCAGGUGGAAAUCAAGGUUUCAACUUUAAAGAGGGCUGUGCAUCACAAGGAAAGCUGAGCAAGGAGGAUGCCGCUUUCAUCUGUGUAGAGGCUCUUGAGACUUUGCCACAGAAAGGACUGAUAUUCGAGGUGGUCAAUGGUGAGGACAAGGUCAUGGAUUGGAAAGAGUGGUUUGCAACUUUGAUAGAUAAAUCACAAGUGUAAUUUCUUUGGAUCCAUAAUUGGUGUAUACAUCAACAGUGUGAGAGAAUUUCACCAUGAUAUAAUUAAGCUAAAAGCUUUAAUCACAAUGCAAAUUGCUUAUUUUCAGUAUGUAAUUGUGCUAAAAGAAAAGCAUCUUGACAAGUUUGUAAACUACUUUAAAAGAAGAAAAGAUUGUAUCUGAUGGUAACAUGCAGAAUACAGUAAUGCAGUUUUUAAUGUGAUUCCAGAAAAGGCAUGGCAACAAUUGUAUACUAAGCACCACCCCCUGAGGUUUCAACGAGUCCAGACACCAGAAUUUUGGAAAUAACAGAGAAACAAAUUCAUGAUACAACGAGGAGUUACAAAGACGAGAACAAAGGACAAAAGUAUAUACGCUCUUCUAUUUCAAGUAAAACUGGGAAGGAUAACUCAAACGAAGUAAAACUGGGAAGGAUAACUCAAACGAGAAACUAUGAGUGGGGCUCUAUGUCUAGUUUCUUCGCGCCCACUCAAGCAUCUAAAGACAGAACAAGUAACUCUGCUGUAACAAACACACAAGGA